AACACAGCUGUCACCACGAGCCUGAGCAGCUCUGAGAUUUAUUUAGACAGGACACAUCUCACAGAAUCACACAGGUAACACAGGUAACUCCAGGAUCCUCUGUCACUCUGCUGUGACACUUCAGGGACUCAACAGGACAGUAGGAGAAGGUUAAACAGACGCCUGAACUGUUCACCUGACUGAGGAAUAUUAAAAAAUAUAUCAUCAAUUUAAUCAUUAACGCAGGAAAACUUCAUGAUCACACCUCUGUUGUUCUAUGAAAGGAGAGCUCCGUGAAUAACUCAAUGACACCUGAACCGUCGGCCUGCAGGGGGCAGCAAAGAACGCUGCUGCAUUCAUGGACCAUAGCAAAAACGGUGACGCUUGUGACACUGAGAUCUUCGAGCUAAACAUGAACGCAGCACGGUGGUUACGUCAAUCCACGCGUCAGCCUCGUCUUGAGAAAGAUCGUCAAUUGAAACACGUCUCACUCAGAGAAAUCCUCGAGCCCUGUGACCGCCUCCCUCGGUGUGCCUCUCCCCGCGGACGGCAGGGAUGCUUCGGUUCUGGUUCAAAGCGGCGGUCGUCCUCUGGCUCGUCCCCGGGUGUCUGGGAGCCGCAGCCCGGCUGUACACGGAGGAGGACCCGCUGGUGAUCCUGAGCAGCAGCAGCUUGAAGUCCACCGUCAGUAACUCGUCCUCGGCCUGGCUGGUCCAGUUCUUCUCCUCCUGGUGCGGACACUGCAUCCAGUACUCCAGCACAUGGAAGACCCUGGCCCAGGACGUCAAAGACUGGCAGCAGGUCAUCAGUGUGGCGGUUCUCGACUGUGCUCAGGAGGAGAACUUUGACGUGUGUAAAGAGUACAGCAUCAGGUUCUAUCCAACGUUCAAGUAUUUUCGGGCUCACAGUGCAGCGACAGACAGAGGGACGGCCUACAGAGGUGCAGACAGAGAGAUCCAGUCAGUGAGAAAGCUGAUGGUGAACAUCCUGCAGAACCACACCAGACUGGACUGGCCCGACCGCUGUCCUCCAUUAGAUCCAUCCAGCUCUGUGGAGCUGCUGCCUCUUUUAGGUCAAAGGUCAGAUCACUACACUGCUAUCAUCAUAGAGGAACCACACUCGUAUGUGGGACGAGAGGUUAUCCUGGACCUGUUGCAGUACUCAGGUGUGGAGGUAACGCGAGCUCUGAGCUCGGAGCUCCCUCUGCUGGACGCUCUGAAAAUCACAAACUUCCCCUCCAUCUACCUGCUGCACCCCAAUGGCACACACACACAUCUGCACGUUCAGAAGCGGCUGCGUUUCUUCUUCUCCUCCUUGCUGAGGACGUUACCAGGCGUUCAGCGCAGGUUGAAGUCCGACGACAGCAGUUCCAGUGUGGGUCAGGUGGGGGCGCUGCCAGACAAGCACAGCACAGAGCCCUGGAGAGACUUCGACAGGUGGAAGGUGUACACAGCUGAUCUGGAGUCAGCCCUUCACUACCUGCUGAGGGUCGAGCUAGCUACCCAUAAUACCUUGGAGGGGGAGGAGCUGAAGAUCUUCAAGGACUUUGUCACUUUGGUUGCAAAGCUGUAUCCAGGUGGGGGUUCAGUGGUGAAGCUGAUGGAGACUCUCUCUGAUUGGCUGCUCAGUCUGCCAUUGCAGCGAAUCCCCUACCAGGCCGUCCUGGACCUGGUGGACAACAAGAUGGGGAUCUCAGGUGUGUUCUUGGGGACAGAGCUGCGAUGGGUUGGUUGUCAGGGUAGCAAGGCGGGGCUUCGAGGUUACCCAUGUUCCCUCUGGACUCUGUUUCAUGUUCUGACUGUCCAACAUGAUGUCACGCCCACCGCGCUGGAAAACACAGGUCUGGAGGGCGAGGCGGCUCCGGUGCUGCAGGUGAUGCGUCAGUACAUCAGGACGUUCUUCGGCUGUGAGCAGUGUGGGCGACACUUUGAGCAGGCGGCCGCCGUCAGCAUGGACCAAGUCCAGAGCAGAGAGCAGCAGAUACUGUGGCUGUGGAACCAACACAACAUGGUCAACUACAGACUGGCUGGCUCUCUGAGUGAUGACCCCCUCUUCCCUAAAGCUCCGUGGCCGAGCCCCUCCCUCUGCGCCUCCUGCCACGAGGAGAAAAAUGGCGUCCACGUCUGGAACUACGACAACGUCCUCCGCUUCCUCCGACAUCACUAUGGAACCUCCAACCUCUCCCCCAAAUACUCCCUGACCCCCCCUCGACUCCCCGCACCUCCUCCAGACCCUGAUCCUGUGCAGACCAGCCAGCCGGAGCACCGAGCAGGAGGAGAGAGGAAAGACGAGGAGAAGAGAACUGAGGAGCAGCCAGAGCCUCGACCAGGACAUCUGGCUGCAAGGGGGGAGGACAGGAGCGAGGUGACGGGGCACAUUGCGGGAGGCGAGGGAGGAGGGGGAGGAGCAGGAGGAGGCGUGUGGAUCCUGGGUCUGGGUUUUAACAGCGUGGACAUGAGCCUGUGUGUGGUCCUGUACGUCUGCUCCUGCCUCUUCCUCAUGCUCCUCUUCUUCUUCUUCAAAGUCCGCUCCAGGAGGUGGAAGCUGCGACACUCCCGCCUCCAUGUCUGAUCCGGACCAGACCGGUUUACACAGAACCCAGGAUCAGUCCAGGGCUGGGUGACAACAUUUCCUCACUGGUCUGAGUCCAGGAUCUCACCACAGACCCAACAGUCCCCAGACUCUCAAACAAGAUCUGUCCUGUGGCCUGGGUUCACCACCUCACACACGGUCAGAGGUCAGAGGUCAGUGUUCCAGUGGGAGAGCCGGUCAGAUAGACCAUGUCCUGGUCUGACUUCACCUGAGUUCUGGUUCCUCGUUCUCCCAGAUUUAAUCUUCAGUGUUUUUAUUCAGGUUCAGGUUCUCUGCCAGACUACAACCCACCUGGACUGGACUGGACUGAAAUGAAAUGGACCGGACUGGACCGGACUUGACCGGACUAGUUUUUGGAUUGUAGCGGUUCAGAGAUGGAACGUGGUCUGGAUUUAUUUAUUUUUGCUUUUCAAACCCAGACAGGAUCGUGAGAUCUGGACUGGACCCUCAGGACUGGGUAGCAGACUGGGACUGAAGUGGACCAGACCGGUUCUGCUGGGUGGAGUUCACUUUGUGCCAAAUGUUUCACCUGCUGACAGACGACACACCUGUCCUCUCAGGCUCCGCCUCUGUCUGUGUGUCUGUGUGUGUGUGUGUGUGUCUGUGUGUGUGUGUGUGUGUGUGUGUGUGUGUGUCUUUACUGUGAAACAUGGACCCAUCCUGAUUGGUUGAUUGGAAGUAUUAUUGAUAAGCUGAUCAGGUUUUUGCUGUGGUGGAUUUGGUGACACCUGGUGGUGACCUCAGGUGACCCUUCAGAUGUUUUAAUUAGAAUAAUGUUCUGUUGGUGAAACACUGGGUCGUUAGAGGACGUUUGAUUAAUGAGAGAGAAGAAGAAGAAGGGACAGUGUUGUAAAAAAAUGUGAACAAUAUAUUUUUUUACAUAAAUAUUUUCAGUAAGAACCCUUUAAAUAAACUGAUGACAUCAUCAUCAUCUCAUCAUCAUCAUCAUCAUCUCUGCUGAGACGGAACAUGUGGUUCUGAGUUAAAGUCACUUUAACAUCAGUUUGAAAAACAAAUCACCAGAUUUUACUGAUUCAAAACCAUUUCAGGCCUUGACAUUAGAAAAUAUGUUCCAGAACAACUUUCCAAAACUUUCCAAAACUUUCCAGACUCCUGAAGUUUACACAUGAAGAACAGCACCAGAGGAAACAGAAACGUAGAGAGAUGUUUUUAUAAAAAGAAAGAUCAGCUGAUGACGUCACACUGGACCAGCUGAUGAGGUGAUGAGUGCGGUGACGGACAUGUGACUUUUAAACAGGUGAUGUCAUGGACACACCUUCACACAGACUUCUUCACAGGCGGCAGAUGACGUUGUGUUUAAGGAUGUAGUGAAAGGAGAGCGACUCCAGCUGUUUCUGUUUUUAAUCUUGUUCAUGUUGAAACGAAUAAAAAUUAAUCGACGAAACAAAAACUGAAAAAAACGUUAAACUUCAAGUUUGAAGUUUUAAACUUUAAGUUAAAAUGUUUUCAAUUUUUCAGAUUGAGAGAGAGAGAGAUUUUUCAUUUUAGAUUUUUUUAAUUUCACUUUCUGAUUUUUAAUUGCUGUUUCCACAGCAACCACUUACAUUCAAAUACUUCAAAUACUACUUUUUGACAUUAAUUUAACACCUUCCCCAGAACUCUCGGGGUAAGUUACAACAGGUUCACUCAGCCCCGGCUCAGGGUUUAUGCUAAGCUAGGUUAGCCACGCUCUCUGUAGUACCCUGCCAGCAGCCAAUCAAAAUUCAGCAGCUGUAAUUUCCCCUGUGAACAUUCAAUCAACAUGAGCAUUGGUGCGCAGGUUUAUGACAUCAUGAAGAAGGAGUGGAGGAAACCUUGGAACAAACGGCCUCCAGGUGGUGCUACAACAGAGCUCAGGUGGUUAGACCUUCAGCUGAGGGUUCAAAUCCUGCCCCUGCCUCACUCCACCAAAUCUUCAAGUCCAUGAAAACCACAUUUCAUUAACAAUGAAAUAGGAAACAGGUGUGGACCCUUUCAGCUGUGUCUUUAUAUAUUUUGAUUCCUCUUCGUCGGCGACAGUCAGAGCAGCGGCCAUUUUGUUUUCAGGUUGUCUCAUGGGCAUGAGAUCUCUGUGACACCUUGAAGGAAUUCUUCACAUUUGGAAAAAACACUCACCCUGACUCAAGGAUGAACUGGUUAGAGUUUGGUGGUCAAAGGUCAAAGGUCAGGGUGACCUCACAAAACAUUUUUGA